AGACGUUGGACUACUGCUUUCUACCAAAAAGCUGUUGCUGAAGAAUAUAUUGGUGCUGUUCUUGGUCGUCCUUUACCAGCUUAUCAAAACUAUAAUCCAAAUCUUACACCAGAUGAAUAUGGAGAUACUCUUUAUAAUUUAGCUUUGAACGAUAUUAAAAACCAAACGCUUUUAGAAAAACUUGGUUUAGAAAGA